AUGCGGAGAACCGAUAUAACUGACAACUAUAUGGUUUGCACAAGUGAUAGGCUAUCGAUAAGCGAGUUACUAUACCCGACUGUAAUUAGUAAUCGAAUAAGCAUAUUAUCGAGCGAGGUGCAACUAGUUGGCGAGUUGACCAUGAUGGACACGUUCAGCACAACAUUAUGGAUAGCGGAUAAACAUCCACAAUUAAAAUAUAAAUUUAUUGGACCAAAUGAUUUAUACAUGGCCAGUUUCUUUGAACCUAUCAUUGAUGGUAAAUCGGCAUUGAUUGCAGACGAGCAGGAAAUUAAUUAUAUCAUGGCAUUAAAUCCGAGUCUACCCAUUCAUAAGUCUACCAAAAACACACUGUUAGCCAUAUCUGGUCUAUUGGUCCGCAAAGAUCUUAAUCCAUGGAUUAAACAACGAUUCAAACAAAAAUAUCAGCUAUGUAAAUAUCAACAAAUAAACAAAUCAGUUUACAAGAUAUGUGGCGACUAUUUUAUCAUCAUAGAUUUAAUAUACAACUAUGUGAAAUGCGGAAUAACAUUUAUACCUUCUUCUGACGAUAUCGGAGGUGGAACCGAUAUAACUGACAACUAUAUGGUUUGUACGAGUGAUCGGCUAUCGAUAAGCGAGUUACUAUAUCCGACUGAUAAACAUCCACAAUUAAAAUACAAGUUUAUUGAAGCAAAUGAUUUGUACGUGGUCAGUUUUCUUAAACCUAUAAUCGACGGUAAAUCGGUAUUGAUUGCAGACGAGCUGGAUAUCGAUGAUAUACUCUCAUUAAACCCAUGCCUAUCACUUCACAAAUCCUUUGAAAACACACUGUUAGCCAUAUCUGGUCUAUUAGUUCGCAAAGAUCUUAAUCCAUGGAUUAAACAAAGAUUCAAACAAAAGUUUGCAUUAAUGGUUGAGACGGGUCUAUUGCACUGGCGAAUAAAAGUGAACAAGAUCAUUGCCAAAACCGAGAGCGACGCCACCCGAUUGGUAGGCCUGAAGUACUACUUCAAGAUCGGGGCCAUACUAUUCAGUCUGCAUAACAUAAGCAUACAAGCGAUUUACGUGUAUAAUCACUGGCGUACAGUUGAACCCACGUUUAUGCGAGCUUACGACAGCCGUUCAUUAUAUUCACCGCCUCUUCAGUCGAGAAACAAAUUAGAUUAA